ACGCAGCCCAACUCGCUGGCUCCCUGCGAGGGCUUUAAAGCAGCGCUUCGCCAGGUGGCUCUUAAGGAGAGGCACACGAGAGGCGGAGUAGGGGCCGCCGCGCUCGUCGUAGAGGAGACUCUUCGACUCUCCACCCAGCGUGGGAACACUUUCAGCCGGGCGUGGCGCCAUCGCACGACCGUGACGUCAGGAUUGGGCCGGCGCGCGAUUGGCCUGCAGACAUGUGGAGCGCUUGGGCAAACGUUCGAGCGAUUGGGCGCGCGGCGCUGGGAGCCUGGACUAAGGGACAGAGCCGUAGAGGGGUUUGCGCGACGGAGCGGCAGCCAGCGGACGGUCGUUUGCUCAGGGCCCUAGGACAGAUCAGAUAUUUUGUAACAAUGCCUGAAAUCAACACCAGCAAUCUUGAUAAGCAGCAGGUUCAGCUCCUGGCAGAGAUGUGUAUUCUUAUUGAUGAAAAUGACAAUAAAAUUGGGGCUGAGACCAAAAAAAAUUGUCACCUGAAUGAAAACAUUGAGAAAGGAUUGUUGCAUCGAGCUUUUAGUGUCUUCUUAUUCAACACUGAAAAUAAGCUCCUGCUACAGCAGAGAUCAGAUGCUAAAAUUACUUUUCCAGGUUGUUUUACCAAUACUUGUUGUAGUCAUCCCUUAAGUAACCCAGGAGAGCUUGAAGAAAAUGAUGCAAUCGGAGUAAGGCGAGCAGCACAGAGGCGUUUAAAGGCUGAAUUGGGAAUUCCUAUGGAACAGGUUCCUCCAGAAGAUAUUAAAUAUCUGACCCGAAUUCACUACAAGGCUCAGUCUGAUAGUAUCUGGGGAGAACAUGAAAUAGAUUACAUAUUGUUUGUGAGGAAGAACGUGACUUUGAAUCCAGACCCCAAUGAGAUUAAAAGCUGUUCCUACGUGUCAAAGGAGGAAGUGGUACAAAUGUUGAAAAAGGCAGCCAAGGGUGAAAUUAAGAUAACUCCAUGGUUUCAAAGUAUUGCAGAGACUUUUCUGUUUACAUGGUGGGAUAACUUAAAUCAUUUGAAUCAGUUUGCUGACCAUGAGAAAAUACACAGAAUGUGAAUGUGGAGAUGACUAUUCAGUAAAGUACUAAAAAGUUUCUCUACUUAGUAAACUUAAAAUGAUUUUUUAAAAAUUUGGUUCUGCAUUAAAACUCUCACUGGAUGCAUUGAUAUUUUACAGCCAGAAUUUGUGUGGAAAAGACAACUGACUUAAUUUUGUAUCACAUAACACCACAUAUAUGCACUGCUGUUCGUGAAGGCCACUUAUGAGAGAUUAUUUUUUAAACCUAAUUUAACCGACCUAAAUACGUGGUCCUGACAAAUUUGAACAAAUGAGUGAAGCUCUUCGUUUCUGAUGCAUUGAGAUAAACAUUUUCAGGAUACUUGUAGAGCACUUUAUUUUCCAGGUGCUUUACAUAUCAUUAAAUUUUUAUCAUAGUCCAGAAAAACAUGCAAUAGAAACUGUUUGGCUACUUCAAAACAGCUCAAAUUAACUUUCCAUAUUAAGAUAUGAAACAAGGGGGCAGCAGGCCCAAGGUAAUUAAAUGCUGUAUGUCCUGAUUUGUCUCAAAGUCUGUGUUCUCAGAAUUACAGGAGACAGACAGGCUAUUUGUUAAAUAGAAAUUGGGUCAUACUCUAGCACUGGAUUUCUUACUGUUGGUUUUUGUUGGAUAAUUUUUUAUCGUGGGGGUUCAUCCUGUGCAUUCAAGGACAUCUAGCAGCAUCCCUGGGUUCUACCCACUAAAUACCAUCAGUAUCCAUCCUUCCCCUCAUCAUAGUCACAGUGUCUGCAGAUGCCAAAAGUGUGCUGGCCAGCCAACGUGCUCCCACUGAGAAGCACUUGUCUACAAUGUCAAAUCAUAUUGGAUGGAGGGGAGCAGGAGAUUAACAAAAACGUUAAUAUUUGUGUUAAUAGAAUUGGGGCGUGGAAUAUGUAUAUUAAUAUUUAAUCUGUAUCUUGAUUAAUGUACUUUUUAAAGCUUGCAUAGAUUUCUCAGAUUUGAAACCUCAAGACAGUGUUAUCCUAGAAUGCUAUGUAAUAAUGAAAAUGAUAAAAAUUUGUUUCUCACAAGGUAAAUGUUUUAUAAAUUCAAUAGAAGAAUCUAUUUCUGCUUAACUGAACAGUUAAUUCAUAAUUUCAGGGAAGAUUGU